GGCUUGUCUGGCGGCUUUGGCGAGCGGUACAUCCACCCGGCGAAAAGUGGACACGAGACGUCGGUGUGCUCCGGAGACCAACAUUUCCUAAUUCAGCUGUAAUCAACCAUGCCCUCUGAUUUGGCAAAGAAGAAGGCAGCCAAAAAGAAGGAGGCUGCCAAAGCGCGCCAGCGCACCAAGAAAACUGACGAACUCAAUGGUGAAGGCGAACAACCAGAGGCCCAAACUAAUGGAGCGGAGAGUAAUGGCAUUGCCAGCUUGACAAAAGAGCUGGAUGAGUUUGAACUGCGAAAGACCGAGGCACGGGCAGUGACUGGCGUUCUCGCCUCUCAUCCCAACAGCACCGAUGUCCACAUUAGCAGCCUGUCUCUGACCUUUCAUGGUCAAGAAUUGCUCGCUGACACCAGUCUGGAGCUCAACUCAGGCAGACGCUACGGCCUCAUCGGGCUUAACGGGACAGGAAAAUCCAUGCUGUUGUCAGCCAUUGGGCAUCGUGAGAUUCCCAUUCCAGAGCACAUAGAUAUCUACCACUUGACCCGGGAGAUGGCCCCCAGCGAGAAGUCUGCUCUGCAGUGCGUUAUGGAGGUGGACGAGCAGAGGAUAAUGCUGGAGAAGGAGGCAGAGAGACUGGCCCAUGAAGACUCUGAAUGUGAGAAGCUGAUGGAGCUGUACGAGCGUCUGGAGGAGCUGGAUGCCGACAAAGCCGAGGUGCGAGCAUCUCGGAUCCUCCACGGCCUGGGCUUCAGCGCUGCCAUGCAGCAGAAGAAACUCAAGGACUUCAGUGGAGGUUGGAGGAUGCGCGUUGCUCUGGCCAGAGCUCUGUUCAUUAAGCCCUUCAUGCUGUUGUUGGAUGAGCCCACUAACCAUCUGGAUCUGGAUGCUUGCGUGUGGCUGGAGGAAGAGCUGAAGUCGUUCAAGCGAAUCCUCGUGCUCAUCUCUCACUCUCAAGACUUUCUGAACGGUGUGUGCACCAACAUCAUUCACCUGCACCAGCGAAAGCUCAAAUACUACACGGGUAACUACGACCAGUAUGUGAAAACCAGAGAGGAGCUGGAAGAAAACCAGAUGAAGCGCUUCAACUGGGAACAGGACCAGAUCGCACACAUGAAGAAUUACAUUGCCAGGUUUGGCCACGGCUCGGCGAAGCUGGCACGACAGGCCCAGAGCAAAGAGAAGACUCUGCAGAAGAUGGUAGCGUCUGGCCUGACCGAAAAAGUUGUGAAUGACAAGACUCUGUCAUUUUAUUUUCCUCCCUGUGGGAAGAUUCCUCCUCCUGUUAUCAUGGUUCAGAAUGUGAGCUUCAAGUACAGUGACAACACACCACACAUAUACAAAAACCUGGAGUUUGGUAUCGACCUGGAUACCCGCGUGGCUCUGGUGGGCCCCAACGGAGCUGGAAAAUCCACGCUGCUGAAGCUGCUCAUGGGCGAGCUCCUCCCCACCGACGGCAUGAUCCGCAAACAUUCUCAUGUUAAGAUCGGCAGAUAUCACCAGCAUCUGACUGAGCAGCUGGAGCUCGACUUGUCUCCUUUGGAGUACAUGAUGAAGUGUUUCCCUGAAAUCAAAGAAAAGGAGGAGAUGAGGAAGAUCAUCGGUCGCUAUGGCCUGACAGGAAAACAACAGGUCAGUCCGAUCAGGAACUUGUCCGACGGUCAGAAGUGCCGGGUGUGCUUCGCUUGGUUGGCCUGGCAGAACCCUCACAUGCUGUUCCUGGACGAGCCCACCAAUCACCUCGACAUCGAGACCAUCGACGCGCUGGCGGAGGCGGUCAACGAGUUCGAGGGCGGGAUGAUGCUCGUCAGCCACGACUUCAGGCUCAUCCAGCAGGUGGCCCAGGAGAUCUGGGUGUGUGAGAAUCAAACCAUCACCAAGUGGAACCGGGACAUCCUGGCGUACAAGGAGCAUUUGAAGUCAAAGAUUGAAAAGCAGCAAGCGCAUGACAUCUAACGCUGCGCCGCAGCGAAGCCACUCCUUCAUGCAUCACGGAUCAGACCUGCAAACUCCCAUCAUGCAUCAGACCUGCAAGCUCCCAAAGGGAAGACCAGGAAAUGUUCGAAACCAGAACUCAAACUUAUGCAUCUUACUGGACACGUCUCUUGUACAUGUUGUACUGUAUUUCCGAUCUCGAUUUGGCAGUGCUGCACCCCACCCCACCCCCGCUCGCCCCCCGCCCCCCCUCACCUCAGGCUGCACUCUGAUUGGCUGAUUCACCUGAAGCAUCUCGGUGCAUUUUGGAUUGCAUUCCAUUGUGCUGUCUUCAUAGAUAAGUUUUAUUUUUUUCCCCCCCAAUGUUCUGUUUUAACUCCCCCCCCCUCCUCCAACAUGUAUGCAGCAGCUUUUAGGUCAUAUUUUAUGAUAUUUAAAAGUUGUUUUCUGUGUUAAAGAGCAGUUCUGCCUUAUUUAACAAUGUAAUGCAAUAAAGGGUUGUCUGAAAUAAACUCCACAUAAAAACAGCA